UUUCACACUCAGCGUUAACGGUAAUCGCGCGGUUCAUACGGUGUCGUCUCGCUUUUCGUUCAUUCCUUUAAUACAAUAAAAAAAGUGCUGAAAUCACAGAGUGUCUUCUUGGUAGUUUCAUGUUCGGUUGCUUCCAAAAAAAAAAAAGGAAUAAUAUAUAGAAAAAAGUAAACCAAAAGAGAAGGCAUAUGAAAAAGUUUUAAAUUUUUAUUUGGCAGAAAAAGUAAAUGUUGAAAAAAGGAAAAAAAUCCAUUUUGUGAUGAUGGUGAUGAUCUAAACUCAAAUUAAAAAGGAUAUAAUAAAAUAUUUGAAAAAAGAAAUUGAAUCUUAAAUUGUGUUACAAAAGGCGCAUUUUGUUUGGCCAAAAAGAAGAAAAUAUUGAUUUUCAUUCAGUCUUAAGAAUUGUAAAAAAAAAUUAGAGAAAAAAUGUUUCAGAGAAAUAUCAUUGGAUAAUAGUUUCACCACAUGAUUUAAAGAAUUCAGCUGAUAAAAAUAUUGAAUUUAAAGAAAAGAUAAUCAAGUGGCACUUGUAACGCUGUAACCUGUUUGUUGGAUUGUUUAGUUGAGACUAAUCCUUGGAACCUUUAAUUUUUGAACAUCCGCUUGCUAACUUGUAAAGAAUUGAAAAAUUUAUUAAUCCUUCAAACGCUUUCGGAAUUCUCCAUUAUCCCAUUCCCACCACCAACCCGUCGCCCCCCCCCCAAGCAAAUACCAAAAUACCAUCAAAGCAAUUUCAAUCAGAACCAUACGGAGAAGGACGACGAACAACACAACACAAAUUCAAAGCGGACAAACAACAUUUGCUUGCCUUGUUUGGAAACUAUUAACGGCACCCGAACACAUCAAAGGACGAAAUAGAAAAUGCAAACUGCUGUCGAUUGCAAUGGCAGCAGCAGCAUCAGCAAUAGCACCACUACCACCAUCACCACCACCAUUGAAACGGAAACGGGAAAUGGCGGAGAGACGAUGACACAGCAUAUGCUGGUCCAGGCGACCGCCAAUGGCAACAAGUGUCACGCCAGCACCAGCAUCACCCCCACCACGGCCACCACAAACAACAUCACCACCGAUCAUCAUGCUCACGAAGUACCCAUGGCUGUGCUACGGCAUCGCAUUACAACGGCUAACAGCAAUGCCCAUACCAGCCAUGACCAAGUAUCCAAAGUACCCAGAAAUGGCCUAACACAUCUUAUAGAUGCAAAUGAUUAUUUGGGCACCGAUUGCAAGUCGUUGUCGAUGAUGAACAGGUCUGUUUCGCCACAGCCAUCGCCUUCCAAGACGGACAAAAUCAGUUCGAAAGAAUCGUCUUUGGGAGAGAAGUUUCAAAUGAAUACCUCAUCAGCAAUGCAACUGCAACCACCACCACCAUCACCGCCGCCAUCGCCCGGCUCGUCAUCGUCAUCAUCGAAGACCACAUCGAAUUCCACAUCAACGACAUCGUCUGUGAUUGCUACACCGAUUUUAAGGCGUAACGGUAAUGUUGUAUUAAAGGAGCCUCCACAGAUGGACGACAACAAUAGUGCACCAAUUGCUCAAGCGCCGGCAGCAGCGGCUGCGUCGGUCAAUACCAAACGAAUGGAGGCUGAGGGUGGGACAACAUUUAGGGAACCACAACCACAACUGCAAGUGCAACCGCAACAAUUAAUAAAAAAUCAAAUGCUUCCACUUGAGAACACUUCCUUUGCUCUGGACUGCAAAAGGGAAAUGUCUUCUGGUCCAUCAUUAGCGGCAACACCAACAACAACAACAACCAAAACAAUGUCUUCAUCAACUACCUCAUCGUCAAUUAAUUCGAAUGCCUCUUCUUCGUCAGCAGCAGCAGCAUCAGGCUCAGCCUCGACAACAACAACAUCUUCUUCCAUUACACCACCACCCUCAGCCACAACACCCGCCUUACUUUCGCCGUCAUCUUCCACUGCAUCAACAACACCAUCAUCAUCAUCAUCGCCAGCCUCCGGCGCCUCUUCCAUUGCCUCCUCCACCGCCUCCUCGAUGAAAGGCUUUUCCAAUGUCGCCGACUUCGAUGCCGAACUGUUGCAAUGGCAGGACAUGCCACAGUAUCUGCAAUUCAAUCCGUACGUUCUCAAAGGUUACCGUCCACUACAAACAUUCAAGGGCUGCCUUCUAAGUCUGUUCUACUGGCACAACGAAACGAUUAACAUUUUGACACACGCCAUACCAAUAGUUUAUAUAUUGGCCAUUGUACCUGGCCUAAUGCCAUGGGAAAGUGGCUAUCGUUUUCUGUCGUUCUGUCACGUCUUCGGCUCGGUGGCACCCUGGUGUGGCAGUUUCGUCUAUCAUCUGUUCAUGAACAUAGAACGAGGUGAAAAUGUCUACUAUACCCUGCUGAAACUGGAUAUGGUUGGAAUUUGGGUCAGCCAGAGUUUUGGUGCCCUGCCAUUUGUAACGGCCACAACCUUUUGUUUCUCCCCCAAAUGGAAAUCUCUGAUUAUAGUCUCGUAUUGCCUUCUUUCGCUGUGGGGUCUUUAUAAGGCCCUGACAGCCAGUUCACCUUGGCAGCGUCGUUUAUGUUUCGCUUUGCCAUUUUCCAUGCGAUCGAUUCUAAUAUUUUUCCGUACUCUGGGUCUGGUUGGCGGGAAUCCGGUUGCAAUGUCACACGUAUACCUACAGGAUGCUGUGUCAAUUAUUGGCGGUGCUAUAGGUGCAAUGCGUAUUCCUGAAAAAUGGCUUCCCGGUCUGGUUGAUUUCUAUUUGAAUUCACACAAUAUUAUGCAUGUUUUAGUUGUUAUUGCCGUAUACUCCAUGCAUAUGGCUACCAUCAAAGAUUUCGAAUGGAUGUCGAACACAAAUUGUGAGGCCUUUACCAAUGCAUCCAGUAAAGUAUUGGAGUCAACAUUAAACACCAAUAUAGAGCUAUGACCAUUUGAUUUGAACACUUUGUUGAAUUAUUAUAAUCGUUUUAUGUUUUUAUUAAGUUUUAACAGUUGAAAAGGACACACCAGCAGCAACAACAAAGACAACGUUAAUCGUAGCAAUAAUCUGAAGAAUAAAAUAAAAAAUUAUAAAAAAGACGAGAAGCAAGACCACAAAUAAAACUAUUUUGAGGUCAUUUAAAUAGUUUUUGAAUUUUUUCAAAAAACAAACAAAGUAAAAUUCCUCGAACAAAAAAACAGAAAAUAUUACGAAAAUUUCAAAAACCAAAAAAAUGAGAAAAAACGAGCAAAAAAUAAGUUAACAGAAAUAUGUUUAGACAAAUAUUAGAAAAAAUUUGAAAAAAAAAAAAAAAACAAUAAUUAUUUAUUAUAUUUUAUUUUUAAUUCUUCCUCUUGCUCCAAAAUGAAAAAAAAAAACUUUGAGAAAAACAAAUACAGAAAAUAUGGAAAACUUUUAAUUUCCACUACUUGAUAUCACAGUUUUGGAAAAUCAACAUCUCGGAAAUAUAACUCUUGAUGAGGGGUUUUUCAGGGAAAAGUUCUUUUGGAAAUGAGUUUUCUUGUAGGAAAGUUGAUAAAUGGGGACUUUCAACAUAGGAAAGUACCUCCAGGUUGAAUUUUCCUUCGAACAAUUUCAUCAAGAGUGAUUUUUCAUAGUCAUCAGGUAAACUUUUAUUUUAAAAUUGAAUGCAGUUACACAAAAAUUUAUCAAGGAUCAUGUCGAUGAGGUUGAUUUUCCACGAAAACACCAACACAUUUACACAGAUACACAACUGAACAAAAACAAUUCUCUAUAUUUUGUUUGUUUCUCAAGCACUAAUUUUUCUCCUCAAAGUUAUUAACUUUAUUUGACCGCUCUUCUACAAAAAAAAACUUAAAAAAAUUAAUACCAAAAAGUCUCCAAAGAAACUAAAAUUUUCAAAUUCUAAAAUACCAAAAAACCAAACAACUAACGACAGUAACACAAAACCAACCAAAAACAAAUUCUCUUCGACUGUGGUACUAAAUAUUAAGCUAAAUACAAAAACAAAACAAAAACAUAUAAGAAAAUCAAUAGCAAAAUAAAUUGAAAACAAAACAAAAGAAA